AUGGGGGUGCAGGGGACUCAUCCCGACUGCUCCGUCGUGCUCCACUUCCAGCAGCUGGAGGAGGAAUGUCUGCAGAGGAUCCGGAGCGAGAGCCCCAGCCCGGGGCAGGCAGGGCAGGGCUGCCCCACCGAGUGGGACGGGCUCAGCUGCUGGCCAGCCCUGCCUCUGGGCCAGUCCCGAGCUGUCGCCUGCCCCGAGAUCCUGAGCGUCUUCAAGAAGUCCAAAGGGCUGAUCCAGAGGAACUGCACCGAGUGGGGCUGGAGCCCCCCCAGCCCCCCCUACCACAGCGCCUGCCAGCUGGAGAUGCUGGGCAGCAGCAAUGACACCGAGGCCAAGAGAGGCCACUUUGUCACCAUGAAGGUGCUCUACACCUGUGGCUACUCCACGUCGCUGGCAGCGCUGCUCCUGGCCAUCGGCAUCUUCUGCUGCUUCAGGAAGCUGCACUGCACCAGGAAUUCCAUCCACAUCCACUUCUUCACCUCCUUCAUCCUGCGGGGCACGGCCGUGUUCAUCAAGGACAGGGUCCUCUUCUCAGACGAGUCCAUCGACCACUGCACAAUGUCCACGGUGACCUGCAAGGCAGCCAUCGCCUUCUUCCAGUACUCAGUGCUGGCCAACUUCUACUGGCUGCUGGUGGAGGGGCUGUACCUGCAGACGCUGCUGCUGCUCACCUUCACCUGCGACAGGAGCUACACCUGGGGCUACGUCCUCAUGGGCUGGGGUGUCCCCAUGGUCACAGUUGGGGUGUGGGUGCUCACCAGGCUCCAGUAUGACAACCACGGGUGCUGGGAUGACUACUCCAGUGUGUACUGGUGGGUGAUCAAGGCUCCCAUCCUCCUGGCCAUAUUUGUGAACUUCCUCAUCUUCCUCAACGUCACCAGGAUGUUGGCACAGAAGAUCCGGUGCCCGGACCUCAGCAGAACCCACAAGCAGCAGUACAUGAGGCUGACCAAGUCCACGCUGCUGCUCAUCCCCCUCUUCGGGGUGCACUACGUGGUGUUCGCGCUCUUCCCCGAGCACGUGGGCGUGGACGCCCGGCUCUACUUUGAGCUGGUGCUGGGCUCCUACCAGGGCUUCCUGGUGGCUCUGCUCUACUGUUUCCUCAAUGGGGAGGUCCAGGCUGAGAUCAGGAGGAACUGGGGAACGUGGCAAAGAUCCAUGGAGAGCAACGUCUUCAACCUGGCCACCCAGGACUUCACGGCGUGAGCAGGACAGGAGAGGGGCUGAUGGAGGAGCAGCUCAG